AUGCAAAUAUCACAAUUUAAACUUGCAUCGUGGAAAGUUGACAAGAAUCUGACUAAGUACAUAAAUAAUGGUGAAAUCGUAGGUAAACCCGUUGAUAUUCAAGUCAAUUAUGACGGGGUCAGUGAGCUACUUAAACUGUCAAAGAAUUAUAGCAUUGCUGUGGCAGAUCAUUUAAAAUUUUUGAAAAUCCAACCCGAAAUAGUUUUGUCACCAAUGGGGGUUCCUAGACCAUUAAUAGUACGUGCAACAUUAAUUGAAAGAGUUAGAAGAAUAGUAGAUAGAGUUAAUGAUGAUACUAUAAAUAUAAUCAAAGCUAUUUGUAGAUUAGGACGAGAGCCAGUUGCUGAUAUUGUUAAAAAUAUUGUUUCUAUAAUUAGCCCAGGAAGUGAUGGAUUUGUAUCUAGAGCUACCAGUUUGUUGACUGGUAAAGUAAUUCAUCGGGGUUAUGCUAUGUAUUCGACAGUCGAUACAUAUAAAGGGCAUACAUGGUUUGCAAUAAUUGCAUUGGGUACUUUGGGAGGUACUAAAGAAACUAUAACUGAUGCAGAUAUUGAACAAGCAGUAUUGCAAGCAUUUACAUCAAAAAUCGCAGAUAUCAUGCAUAUAGGUAUUAGCGAGUUGGCAGGCACAGGCGAAAAUGUUAAUCACAAUGACAAUUGGUAUGACAGAGUGAUUUUCUACCGAGAUGAUAUAACUAGUAUACCUAAUUGGAGAAUGGGUUCUACCUAUUUUUAUUAG